GGCGCCACGGUCAGUACCAGUCUGGCCGCCGACACUGUUAGACGCGUGACCGGUCGCUCCUCGCCCCCACGCUCGUGCCUCUCUUCCUUCACAGGGAACACCCCGCCGUGGGCGUCCCUCACCCUCAGUGUUGUACACGCCGUGUGUCGUGCAAGGAAUACAGUGUGGUGCUUCGGAAUUAGCCAUAUCUGUUCACAAGAACGUUAGCCCUACAGCAGCAGCAGCAGACACAAGCAGAGACCACACACCGCUACCUGCUGACGCCUCUGCUGUGUUCACUACAGCCAUCAUGUUUAAAGUGUGUGUGUACCUGGUGACUGCUGCAGUGCUGGUGGGAUGCUGCUAUGGCGUGGAGAUGGCCAAGAUCAUGGAAAAGCCUGGUAGUUUCCUCACCACCUCUACUCUUGAAUGGGUGGACCUCCAUGCUGGCCAGACACCACCCUCUCAUGCACUCUCUGUUACUGAAGGUGGUCCCCUCUGGUGCAGGGCUCGACAGCAUGCCAACAUGAUAGCGGGUGCUGUGGUAGACAGCCUCUGCCAUAUUCCAUUCAUCAAUAAAGUAUUUGAAAUUAAGGAAUAUGAAGUGCUCGUGUCUAUCAAUGAAUCAGCCCGAGUGGUGACUGUAGACUGGGACAACCUUCAGGCAAUUCCUUCUCGUGGCAUUGCCACGCCAAAUGUGCUUUUGGCUAUUGCCAAGACUGAUGAAGGCAAUAUUUUCCCCGGGUAUGUUGAUGUGCAGAAACGUCGAGCCUACCUGCUGAAGGAUGGCAAGUUCCACGAGCAGGUGAGUGCCAUCAUUCUGACUGAGGACGAACCAAUAAACUACAAAGUGGAUCAGGUAGUCCGUAAUGAAAAGCACAGCCAGAUAGUGACAUCAGAAGAAGUUGUCUCCUUGACCACACUAACCAACUCCAAGAAUGAGGACCAGCUGGUGAGUGACACCCUGGACUACACUGUCAAGGAAAUUAUCUACUGGGGCCGUGUGAGAGGCACUGUCACGGGUCUGGACGCUACUGUGACAGAUCCAUCAGGUAACAUUAAAGACAUCACCUGGGGCAGUGAGAAUGAACUAGAUCACUUAGAGCAGCAACGGGUAGAAUUUGAAUUACCAGCUGGUACUGGAAUCAAUGUGGAGCUGAUUGCUGUCAUGCAAAAAUAUGAAGCACCAUACUCGGCCAAACUUACAGCUGUGUAUAAGGAUGGAGAGCGUCGACCACGUGCAAUCACUGGCCUCCACAUGCACAAACACCUGAUUGAACUCCGAGCUAACUUCUCCAGGCCCUACUAUCUUUCCAAUAACACUGAGAUUGAAGGAGAAUUUGUUUCCUCACAAAUUCUCAUCCACUCUACCACAACGACAACCACAACGACCACUACACCAUCCCCCGAAGGAGAAGCAACCUCAGAAGAAAAGCCAAAGUUGGAUUCCUUAGCCACCACAACGGACGGUGAAAACAAGCUGCCCAUUGCGCAGCAGAUGGGUGUAGGCGACACAAGCUCAACAUUAGUGCCGGGACUUGUAUUAUUAUGUUGGUCCCUUCUGCUGGCACUCUACCUGCCUUUUAAGCACUGAGCUCAUAUCUACCAACACCUGAAAUGCCUGUGUCUCCCUCAACCCACCCAUCCCUCCUGUAUAAUGCUGUCAACCCUCAGCCUUUGAUACAAGGGAAGAUUUCCAAGUUAAGUCAGGCAGAUAACUAAUGAAAAGUGCCACAAUCAUUUUUGCCACAUAUAUGUGGCAAAGGCAUCUGCAGACACUGAUAUCUCUCAAUGCUGCAUCAGUAUUAUUUAAGGUCAAAUAAUUUCACUAUAGAAUUAUCACUAAUAUAGACUUGCUCUCAAAUAAUAUAUUACAGUAUCUUGUUUCUCUUAGCAUACUGGUCUCAUCCACAUUUGUGUAGUAGAUGUUUGCAGUAGUUACUUUGAUGAAAUGUGAUUAAAAAAUGCAACAUACAAAACAGACAAAUCUCUCAAUAUAUUAUUCAUAGGAACCCUGUCAAAUAUUCAUUUGAUCCUGUACAGCACAAUUAAUUCUUUUGCUUGGCAAAGUCUCUCAAUCCUUUGUAUAUGUUAAUCAGACCAGCCAGAAAUAAUCUUUUCUAUAAUAACAAAGGUGACAGACAUAUUAGGCUGACUCAAAGAUAUUAAUCGUCAGAGAACUUGAUAUGUAGAUGUUGUAGUUUCAGCAUUAUCUUACUAUUGUGUGUGUUUCUUUGAGGGUAAAUAUUCCCCCUUAAUCUUCAAUCCAUAAAUAGGCAGGCAGCCUUAUAAAUAAAUGAUGUAUUAACAUACAAGAGUAGUAGAGUAGUAACCUGCCUUUUUCAUUAUAAACAUAUUUUAACUUUAGGUGUCUGUUAAAUAACCAGAAUUUCUACUCUUCCUUUAGACUAAUGAUUAUUCUACGUGUACAGUACUGUAUUUGGUUAGUAAAAAGAAAACUAAUAAUAGAUAGUUAAUGAAGUGUUUUUUGUUCAGUGUUAUCUAUCAUAAUCUUUUUCAAAUUUAUUUUGUGAAAUAACCAUUUAAAGAAGGUAAUGCUGUAUAGAUUGCUUAAUUAUGUGGCUGCAGCAGGUAAAGGCAGCAAGCAGAACAUUUCUCAUAGUAUCAAUAUCUUAAAUAAUAAAAUAAUGUACUCAGCCCCUACUAAACAACUGAAUCAAACUUAACCAUAUAUACAAAUACUGUAUACACAAACGUAUGCAUUACUUAUUAUUUGGCUGCUUUAGUUCGUUAUAUUAAUGCAACUUCCAGAUAAAUGUGUUGUUUCAAUUUUAGUUAUAUUUGUACAAAUGAAUAACAAGUAUUAUGGGCAUCUCAGAGUAACUUCACUGGCUCAGGCAGAAAUUUAGAUAUAGUACCAUACUGUAAUUUACAUGCUCGUAAACAAUAUCAUAAUUUAAAAUUACAAAAUAAAAACUCCCUUGUAAUACAUAUGCAGUAUUUUGUGUAAUAAUACCGUAUCAUUUAUUGCCAUUUUUUACUUGUCUAAAAUGUGGCUCAAAAGAAACUGAAAUGUUGAGGCGAAAGACAUUGAUGUUAACAUCAAACAUCACUGCUUUCGGCUUCCAGUAACAUCGGCCAGGAAAAUUGGUCAGCUACUGAAAAUUGGAAAAUCUGGAAUUCUGUACUUUCAGUGUUGGCUUGCCAUCGCUAGUUGGAAAGUUUGUUUUUGUAUUGGAACUUGACAGCUGCAGGGAUGGUACAUCCUUAAUAAAACUCUGUAGAAAUACAUGAUAUAGUUAAAAACUGUUGUGUUAGAUGUAAAUCACCACAAAUGAUGGUAGAAUUCUUUUGUUAGUUCAUUAGAUGCCAGUUGUAUUUUUUUACAAAAAAAAAUAAUGUUAAAAAUAAUAAAAGUAUUAAGUAUUUAGUCUCUAGAAGCUAAAACAAUGAAAGAUUGUAACAGGCAGUUUGGCACUGUUGUUCUUUUUACUGGUUAUAUAAUUUUUGUCUGAUUAUUCAGUUUAAUUGUUACUUAUUUUCAGAACCCUUUUGUUUUAAAAUACAAUACAGUAUCCACUCAAUUUAAUUACCUGUAUGGGGAUAUACCCCUUCUCCUUAAAUUAAAUUGGUUGCUAAAUCCAAAGUUGUUAAAUGUUGGUAAUAUUUUAAUUCUCAGAGUAAUUCUGAGUAUUCUCAGACCCCCAGAUACUUUCUUAUUGAAAAUUAUACAACUCCCUCUACCCCUCCUCUUCACACAUACACACACACAUUAAACUUCCUAUUCCACCCACCAAUACUUGACUCCUUCCGACUCGACUACAGUACGCUCUCUCCUGACAGAGGCACACUCAUUUUUCCCCUCACACCCACAUUCACAGACAUUCAUCCGUCCCACGCCAACUGCAGAGACACACUGAUACAUCUCUACAGUCAUUUCAGGAAAACGCGGAACAGUCCCACACCCAAACAAACACAUUGUGGAAUUUAUUGGCCUAACAAGGGCGAAGUUAUACCACAACAAUCCCAAUGAUAGUUGUUUGUCUACCUAGUUGCAAGCCUCGUUAAUUCAAUACCAAUCAUAAUCUACCUUUACAAGAUAUUGACUCGGUAAAUAAGGAUCUCAAAACCAGCCGUUAAAUCCAGCAGGGCAUUAAAUCUGAGGACUUUAAAUCAGCCAGAUACUGCAAUUCCAUAUUAGUAUUUAAGCAGUUUUCACCAUAUGGGCUGCCCUGCUUUGAAAAAAAAAGAUACAUUAUUUAAUAACAUUUAAUAUCCUGUGGAGGGGAAAGGUUGAGGGGGUUUUGAACAAAUCUGUCCCAAUUAAGUGAUAUUGUAUAUCUGCAAUUAUAAUUGUCCGACCCCUCGCAGUGUUCGAGAGAGAACUUGAUAAACACCUCCAUAGGAUACCUGAUCAACCAGGCUGUGACUCAUAAGUUAGGCUGCGAGCAGCUGCGUCCAACAGCCUGGUUGACCAGUCCAGCAACGAGGAGGCCUAGGUGAUAACCGGGCCACGGGGACCCUAAGCCCCGAAACCAACACAACGUAACCACAAGGUAUCACUAAAACAAAAUUGUCCCAAUUAAGUGAGGUACUGUUAUAUCCUUGUUUAAACAAAUUUGCCCCAUUCAGUUACGAUGACUCUCUACUUAGUACUGUAAUCUGCCCUACUUUAGUAAGGUAUGAUGUAUCUCAUUUUUUAACAUGGUAAUUAAUACAGAAUUAUUUGUGUAGCCUACGCUCCUCUGGUUAAACUGUCGUCAUCAAUAUCAUCACUAUCCUCAUCAUCCUUAUCACUAUGCCUUUCAUCGCCAUCCCAUUUACCACAUACUGCUGUCAUGGAGCUGGGUUACAAUUGAUAAAAUCAAGAUAAUGAACUGGAGAGCUUUGUCAAGUACAGUAUUUUGAAUUACUAUUGUCAAUUAAAAUAAAUUAUUUUGUUAAUUUUAUAAUAAUGGAGCCUGGACUAAUUUCUGUAUUAUUGCACUGUGUUAUUUUAUCUACUGUAUAUAGUUAAAUUAAUUUGUUUAAGAUACAUAUAUUUUUUCAAACUACUAAUUAUGUAUCAAGUUUUUUGUGUUAAUGUUCAGACUUGUAAUUUUUUUUAAUGAUUAUACAGCUAUCAAUAUCAUCUUGAUUCAUAGCUUCUCAAUCUAACUCCCUGUACAGUAUAGCAGUUUCAUCUUAAUUAUUUUGUGAAUAUAUUAUUGUAUUAACAUUCCUUUAAGUACACACAGAAAUCACAAUAACGUGAUACUGUACUGUAUGGUACUGUAUAUCAAAUGAACAAAUCCACAAGGGUUUGUGGAUUUGUUCAUAUAUAUAUAACAUGAUAUAUGGUAUCAAGUUAUUGUGAUUUCUGUGUGCAUUGAAGUAGUCAGAGGUACAACUAUUUGGUUGACAGAGCGGUUAGGCCUCAGUGGAAGCCUCGGGAUCCUCGUGAGGGCAGUAGCACUCCAGAUUGCAAUUCUUUUGACCAUGUUGUGGUACAGUUGACUAGAGGGCAUCUGGGGACACUCAGUGCAUAGGUUUGAACCCUCAUCAUCAAGGCCCUUGUUGAUUUGUUCAUUCCUUUAAGUCAUAGUCUACAUACCUGCACAAUUAACUGCAUACAUUAUUUGUAUCAUUAAAUAACCCUUUGUAAUGUAAACAAUAGGUACAGAUUUUACUCCAUAACUUACUAUUAAUAUGGUGUUUCAGGAAUUAAUAAAAAUAUUCUUAAUCUGCUAAAUUUUUUAUAUUUUGUGGAUAUAAAAUUCCUAAAUUUCUGGUUAGUUUGAUAAUUUGAAAAGAGAACUGUAGUUCCUUUGACUUCAAUGAGAUAGUUGCUUCUUGAGCUGAUGUAAAUACAAUCUUUUCUUUUUUAAUUAUUUUUUUUCAAUGAGAUUUUAAUACUGUAUAGUGUAGUAAUUAAUUUCAGUCAAGAAAAUUGGGACAUAAAUAUUUUAUGUCAAUUUAGACACUGUCUUAGCUAAGUUAGUGUCAUUGGUUGUAACUAAAUAUUAUAUAUAUUUAGUAAUAUGUGUAUUAAGUACCUGUAUACGCUUAUUGUCGAGUGCAUAUGAAAGCACAUACGGAGACAUGUACAGUGUAGGUUACUGUUGUGUGAACUAGAACCAAUAUUAUUUAUGUUCAGUAUUUCAUACUUUGAACUGCAGUCAUAAAACUAAAAGUAUGCUUCAAAUAAAUUCUCAGAUCAUAAUUUAGUGUAUCAGAUGAGCAAUUUAAGCACUAGUCAGAGAUAAGGAAGUGGGUUCAGAAGCUCUUAACAUAACUCUUCAAGAGUAUGUGAAUAAAGGCUCCAUACAUGACAUAGUAUGUUUCUGCUAACCUACCUUCCUACAAAUUCAUGGCUCGAUUCAAUAACCAAAAAUAUACGGCCAGAUGAAAAAUGCCACAUAAUAGCUGGCUAAAAGUUCAGCAAUGCUUUAAAGGCCAUUGUAGUAGAUCUCUAAACAUUGAUUUUUUAUCCAUAUUCAGUACAGUAUUUCAGUAAUUGGGAAUGUAAAUAGUAUACAAAAUAUUUUUGAAUCUGGAUUCUUAUUUGAAGUAUAUCAUGUCUUUUUGUCAUGUAUUAUAUUUAUUAGUUUCUAUUUCACUACAGCUUCAACUUAUAUGUUUGCUUUGAAAAGAAUUCGCUUUCAUUUAGCUUUUUCCACAGCUAUUUUUUUUAAUAUUGUUAGUUCACUCAGUUGAUUAUUGCAUACUAAAACUCAAAUUAAAUACUUGUUUAGUGAAUUCAAAAAUAAUCAAGUAGUUGGGGACCUCAUUUAACAUUAGUACUGUAUGUUGUGGCCUGUUCCUUUCCAAAAAAAAUAUAAUUUGUGUUAUCAAGUCUGUCUAAUGUAUUGGUGCACUGUAUGAGUAACCAGUUGAAUAAGACCCAGAUAUCAUUGUGUAGUUGCUAGCAUUCUUCAUGGCAAUUUAGAGGCUCUAUAGAAGCCUUUCUGAGAAGCCAGAGGCACUUUAGAACAUUCAGUGCUAGCCAAAGGCUAUAUAGUAACCUUUCUGGCUGUUCAUUGGCAUCUUUUUAACCACAGCCAGGUGAUUUGUAGAAAUCUUUGAUUAUGGUAGUAAUGGGCUCUGUAGAACCUUAAUGGCUAUCCAGAGGCUCUCUAGAUCCUUGAGCCUCUCUAUAUUAUAGCUUCCAAGAACAAUUGUAGAAUUAUUACUGUAUAACUCAUGGAAACGUUUAGUUUGUGAAAGUUUCUGUGGCUUAUAUUAGAAAUAUUAGAAAGUUCAUAUAGCAUGUUUGGACCUAAAUUAAGAAAAAAGGAACAUCCGAAUGGCUGGAUGGCACGUACAUCUACUAAAUUCAAGAAACUCUUUGCAUAGCAUAUUAGGCAUUAUAUAUGUGGUUUGCAUGGAUCUCACAUGAACUAGAGUGAGCCUUCUGUUUGGCAGUGCCUGCUAUGGGUCUAGUCUGACUGUGAUAUGUAAGAGAAUAGCAAUUUGUGCCCACCAGAAGCUCAUGGUUUUUAUGCUGCAUCUGUUAAGGUUUUGAAGCAGCAUCAGUUUUCAAAUGUCACAGGUCAAUAGACUUGAUUUAUGUACCGGAAUUAAGGGCAUGGUGGCUGUGAACGAUUUCAAUCUUAUUAUUUUAAGAGUUUCUUAUACCUUUCCUUCAAUAGAUUUACUUUUGUAAAAUAUAUAAUGUAUAAAUAAGAUUUUCCUGAUUUGGUUAAGGGAAUUUAUUGAUGCACAUACAGAUACUGUAUUUCAGUGAUUUAAUCCAUCUUAUGUAUAUACUGUAGCAUAUUUUCAUCAUAAAAUCAAUUAGAAACAUUUGCUGGCUUUGCAAGCACAGCCGACACUUUUUUCGUUUAAUUUUUAGUACAGUAUUAGAUUAAGAAAAUUGAAUUAAAUCUUUGGAGCAGGAUGGCAGGAUUGAACUAGCAUCCUGGGUCAUCCCAAACAUCCUGCUCCAAACAUUUUCUCAUAAAUAUAUCACACUAUUGUGAUUUCGUUGUGUAUUAGAUGACAUUUUGACUAAUGCUUUACUCAAAUCAUGGGGUUAAUGAAUGACUGCCUGAGGCACUUGGAUCAGCCAGCCUGUAAGGACUUAGCUGGUAAUAAAGUUUUGAAAUGCCUUUCUUCCCAAGCUGGGAUUGACAAAGGCUCUGUAAUGUAUAUAGGGUACUUGAAUAAACAGUAAACCUUA